CUCCGAGAUACGCAAGGAUAUAGCCAGUCUACACUACAGGGACCUCAAGACUAUUAAUCCAAUGGACGUGAUGCUGAUAUUGAUAAGAAUUGCGCUUCUGGGUUUCGUCUGCCUGUUCCUUGCAUCCCCCGGGUUGGCCUGUGGUCCAGGCAGGGGGUAUGGAAAACGAAGACAUCCGAAAAAACUGAAGCCUUUGGCUUACAAGCAGUUUAUUCCCAACGUGGCGGAAAAGACCCUUGGGGCCAGUGGUAAAUACGAAGGGAAGAUCACAAGGAACUCUGAAAGAUUUAAAGAUCUGACACCAAACUACAAUCCGGACAUUAUUUUUAAAGAUGAGGAAAACACAAACGCUGACAGACUAAUGACACAGAGAUGCAAGGACAAACUGAACUCUUUGGCUAUUUCAGUAAUGAAUCAGUGGCCGGGAGUGAAGCUGCGCGUGACAGAAGGCUGGGACGAGGAUGGACAUCAUUUUGAGGAAUCAUUACACUACGAAGGAAGGGCUGUAGAUAUAACCACCUCUGACAGAGAUAAGAGCAAAUAUGGAAUGUUAUCCAGGCUUGCGGUGGAGGCGGGAUUCGACUGGGUCAAUUAUGAAUCCAAAGCCCACAUUCAUUGUUCUGUGAAAGCAGAAAAUUCUGUCGCUGCCAAGUCUGGUGGAUGCUUCCCAGGAUCAGCAUCAGUUCUCCUCGAUGAUGGUCGAAAGAAGCUGGUACAGGAACUGGAGUUUGGCGACAAGGUGUUAGCUGCAGACAAAGAAGGAAAUAUAGUUUCCAGUGAUUUCCUCAUGUUUAUAGAUCGAGAUACAACAACACGGCGAGAGUUUUAUGUUUUUGAAACGGAAAAGCCAAGUAGAAAGUUAAGACUGACGCCGGCGCACCUUGUCUUUGUCACCAAUAACAUUACCGAUAGCGAAAUGACUGCUGUGUUUGCCAGUAAUGUACAGCCUGGUCAAAGGGUGUUUGUUGUAGACGAGGCACUAAAUCGACUGAAGGCAGUCACUGUGGAAAGGAUUUACGUGGAAGAAUACGAGGGUUCAUAUGCCCCCAUAACCUCGCAAGGGACCAUCAUAAUUGAUCAUGUUCUGGCAAGCUGUUACGCGGUAAUCGAAGAUCACAAAUGGGCGCACUGGGCAUUCGCGCCAGUCAGGUUGGGUCACGCGCUGAUGUCUUUGACAGGUCUGGUCAAGGAACGCAAGGACCUCCUUCAGAGCGAUGGAAUACACUGGUACACCGAAGUUCUAUACCGCAUAGGAACAUUGCUGCUGGACAAAAACUCAUUUCAUCCACUUGGCAUGUUACAAAGUUGAAACCUGAGUCACUUUAAAUUAUUUGUUCGUUUAAAAGACACAAAUGAAUGCUCUUAAAGAUGUGAAUACUUUUGAAUACUGACAAUGGAGACCUUUAUAUUCGUAUUUAUUCGGUUCUGUAUCCCUCCCAUCAUAAACCAGUCGAAUUUAUUCGUCUAGGAUAAUGUGAACAAUCUGUUAAAAAAUAGUUUGAGAAAAAAGUUGAUGAUUGUUUAAUGUUGUGUGAA